CGCAGAUGUGAAGCUCGAGAGGUUGGUUUGUCGCUAUCGAGGAGCAUGGUGAGUAAACCUUGAGGUUAUAUCUCACUGGCCUGGCCUCUGAAUCUGGUCUCAGCACUCUGACUAUAACAGCAAGCUUGCCAUUGAAGAAGAACUCAGCUUCUGUACUGGCAAAAGAAGAGGCUUCAGUCUGAUUCCAGUCGGUAUUGAAGCAGAUCAGGCUGGACAAGCAGGGGUAGGGAGCUCUGCAGCCUGCUAUAAUUGUCAACAGAGGGGGGGAAAACUUUUUUUGGUGGCUAGCUUGCUGUAGUCAUGAAGGGAGUGGAAUUAGACAGGAGAAAGGGACAGUUUGUCAGGGUACAGCACAGAAGCUAUUUUAUUUAUUUAAACAAUUCAUAUACUGCUUAAUUAUUACUAUCAUAUCUAAAGAGUAUGUAUGAGAGAGAAUGUGGUAUGUAUUCUGGGUGAGUGUGUGUACGUAUGAAAGUUAGAGACAGAAAAUCAGGUAUGUACUGUAUGUGUAUGCAUAUGCGUAUAUGCAUGUAUGUAUGUGUAUGUUUUGGCCCCAUCUACUGUUGCUUGUUAGACCCAACCACUGUUGGUAUGCAAAGCCCCAGGCACUUUUCUCCAAGGGAAUGUAACUCUUAGGGGAAAUGUUUGCUUAGGCUUUUCCUGUAAAGAGGCAGGCUGAUUUGUUCUGCCCUAGUUAAAGGCACAUACUCUGUUUAUAUACUAACUAGAUUACUAUAAUGCGCUCUAAGUGGGGCUGCCUUUAAAAGUUGUUCAGCAAGAAUGCUUGUAGGAGCUAAAUGAUCGGAAUGUAUGAUACCUAUUCUGUACCAUUUACAUUGGCUGGGUUCUGAUCUUGGUCUUUAAAGCCCUAAGUUGUUUGGAACCCUGUUACCCAAAAUUCAUCCUGCUCCUUUAUUAGCUUGCCCAAGUUUUGUGAUUGGCCUUGGAGGCUCUGCUCUCUGGCCCAUCAAUAGGAGAGGUUUGGCUAGCAGGUACCAAAGAUAGCGGCACAAUGCUUAUAAAAUAUGAAUCCCCAGAAAGUAUGCAUGGCCCAACUUUAGUCAUUUUAAAAAUACUCUCAUGUUUAUUUUGAUCAGCAUUUUAUUAUUACCUGCCAUGGGUCUUUUGUUCUUUUUUUAUGACUUACGUUUUAAAACUGUUGCUUUUAUAUAUAAUUUAUUUAUGCUUCCUUGUUCUAAAAGAUGCAAUAUAAAUCUUCUAAUAAAGAAAUAUACGGUACUUUCAAAUAUUAAAACCACACAGCUACAAAGGAGUUUUAAAUUUGACAAAUCUUGCUAAACAGCUCUUGUGAAAAUCACACUGUUACAAUAAAAAAAAUCAGUUCAGAAGAGUCAGGGGCCAGCUCGAAGUCUGAAGGGUCCUCAAGUGCCAUUAAUAGUCUUUGGUGGGCCUACCUGGCUGUUAACAGCGGUGGCCAGCAGCAAUGUCCACCCCAGAAGGCAACAUCUGAUUUUCACAUAAUACCUUGGAACGAGUACCAAAAAAUACUUGCCCCAAACCUGGAUCUUGACCUCCAGGAAUUCUCCUUUCUAUAUGCCUAUUCUUUUCCUUGCACUAUCACAGUUUCCAGCUCCUCCUCGUUAGGAAGAUUUGGCUGUGGCGCUUCUGAAGGAAAGCAUCACAAAACCCAAAACAACCCGCCUCAACUUUUAUCACAGCAAAAAAGGGAACUAUUAUCGAUUAACAAUAGUGCAAGAGGGAGGCGCAGGAGAAUACAGUACAGUAUUCAGCCCCGAGGCAGAGCCAAUGCGCGCUUACUCGGGAGUAACUCCCGCAGCGCGCUUGCUCGGAGGCAAAGCUCGCUGAAUCCAACGGCGUUUAUUCCCGAGCAAACAUGCAGCUGGAAACUGGGAAACGGUUCCGGGGCUGAGCGAGCUAGUAAGCCCCGGCCCCUGAAAAGACGCCCGGCGAGGAAGACACCCGCCCGGCUGGUGGGCCGGCCUUGCUUUGGCUUCCGCCACUGAUCCCGGCAGCACACGGAGCGAGUCCGCCUCCAGCGGCAUCUCCAUCCGGGUGGCGGCGAAGCGGGAGAGGGUCCCUCAGCCGGGCUCGAGUGGAAGGAUGGGGCAGGCUGGCCUCGAGGAGGCCGGCCGGGAUGCGGCCCAGGGGAGCACCGUGGGCCUGGCGGGGCCGCCUCAGCCGCGGGGCAGCCCUCAGCCCGCCGCGGCACAGACGGAGGAGUCGCAGCGCCGCCUCUUCUUAAUAAAAGGUCCACGGUCCCGCCGCCCGCCCUGCGCGCUCGGUUUCAGAACAGGCGGGAGGGACGGAGGGAGCGGGGUCCGGAGCACGGAACGCGCGCGCUCUCUCUCCGGCGCUUGAAGCCCGGGUGUAUGUCUGUGCUUCAUGGUACCCGUUGUGGUUGCUCAGUUAGUGGUGAGGUAAAGGCACUUUGUGCAUGCUCACUUCCCCAUAUUCCUGGAAGUAAGCCUAUACAUUAAAACCCACGCUGAACCGCAUCCAGAUUAAAAUCCGAGAGGGUCUGGUUCAGUGAGGAGAAUAGUAGUAGGCAGGCUUGUGCUGCCCAAACACGAAUUGCGUGGGGUAUUUUGGAGGUAUAAAAGUUCACGUUCCUGGAUGAAACUUGGGGGGCCAGAGCGUUUAAGUUGCCACAGUUGUAACAGUGAGCGACUAAAAUUUAAGAGAUGCGAACUGUCGACUUUUAGGAUGAAAAGUGGUAUAUAAAUACUUGAAUUAAAAUAAUUACUAUACCAAUUACACUUCCUUGUUAAGUAACAGCAAGGAGUCUGUGUAUAAUUUAUCAAAAUUGUGCAUAUGUGUGCUAAGGGUACACAUGGGAUUGUCUAGUGCCUGUACCCCAAGUAUACAUAUUACACAGUGUGUUUAUGUGCAAGGGCUGAAUAUGUUAAUCUACACCAAAGUUGCCCAUUUUCUUCUUUCUGGAAGUGAUUUCCGUGAAGGAAUUUUGGUCUAUGGACAUACACACACGGCAGCUUCUUGCAUAGACAGGUGGCACGCGAUGUGUCCCUAGAAAAGCCUGCAAACUGCACAGUUGAACAAUAGCUUUGUUAGGACCAACCAAAAAUAGUGUGCAAGCUUUUGUUAUGUAUUCCCUCACAACUCAGUGUACAAAGCGGGAUGUCUGCCCUGCUAACUGUGCUGGACCUGGAAUGGUCCUACCCACUGUAUGAACUAGUGAGAUAUCAGCAUAAACUACCUGGGUCCACUGUGGGGAAUUGGAUGUACUCAAAACAUAUGGUUCUGUAAAUUAGAGCAAUUGUGAUGGACCCUAUAGGAUUUGGAAGAGUGGAUCUCUUAGACUUAAGAAGGCCAGAGCUGGAGACUCAUCUGCUGUAUGUGGCAUAUCCUCUUCAAAUACCAACACAUGUUCAAGUGACAGCUUGAAGUAGUUAAUGCUGUAAAAUGCUGCAUUAUGUCCUCCUCUCAGAGAAGGGAGCUGGUGGUGUGGAGCAUCUGCACCAGAGGCACUUGAAUGUGCCAGGUUGUCUUGACAACUGUGAGAUGUAGAGGACCAGGCUCUUCCCAACUGUAUAUCUCUGUCCUUAUAAUUUGUACCAUGGGCAAACUUUGGACAGUCACCUAAUACUACUACCAGAAUUAUUCAGAAAUUUAAGAUGCCACUGUGAUCUUGGGCAGCAAUACCCCUCUUAUUUUGGUAGUUUACCAGGCAGCUUGAUGGCUGUUCCCUUCCUUUGGGAAGCACUGAUAGUCCUUAUGUUCAAAUGGUUUUUUAAGUAUUUCAUUUAUUUUCCUUUACCUAGGCAAAGGUGACCUAGGUCUGGUUGUUUUACUCUUGUUUUCAUUUUGUUGGCAGGUGGAAUCUUUCUUACUACAGUUGCUACUGCAGGAAUUCUAGCAGGUUUUGGUACAACACUUGCCAUGGCUAAAAAGAAAAACCCAAACUGGUUCAAUAAGGUUUGAUUAUUUUAAAUUUCUUUGCAAUUGUGAUAAAAAUGUAGCCUUGUAAUGAUGUUAUUGCCAGGUUCCUUUUAAGGACCAAUCAUUUGGAAAAUAGAGUCAUUGUUUAAAUAAUAUAGCAUGGCCAUAACUGCAGAAUACAGUUAGGCCUGUGGUAGGUUAAAUCCAAUGUGGUUUUUUAAAUUUAAAUUUUAGUUUUUAAUUUAAAACAACAGCAGCAGAGGCUGCACAGUACUGACUCCAGAUGCUCUCUGUCUAUUGCACUUUGCAAUAACUGCUGUUUUCCAGUCAGCAAAGGCAUUUAAGUGCUAUCUCUGUUCAUGUCUCCCCCUUUAUAAUCAAUGUUAAAACUGGUUCUCUGGCUUGCCAGCAUAGAAAUCCUAACUCUGCCAUGCCAUCAGUCUCAACUUACUAUGACUCAACCAAUCAAAUACGUUGGAAAUUUAUUUUUCAUCUCCUUAAAACCUGCUUUGCUGAGUAACUUGCUUGUACAAUGUUCUGAGCAUUUAUAGCCCAAUAUGAUGCAUGUUUACAAGUCCAUUGAUUUCAGUUGGUCCAUUCUGAGUAUGACUAAUGUUAAACAUUACCCUAUAACUACAGGAUCAUUAUGCCCUAGGCAGUAGUUAAGCAGAUUUCUAAACAGCACUUCUCUUAAAGUUAUUGCAGAAUUGGUAGUUUAGAUUAACAGCAUCAAUAUAGUUAAUAAAGUUAGCUGUUUCUCCUCCAACUUACUCCUUCCCAUGGUCUGUCACCUCUGUCCAAAACAAAGCCCUGAAAAUGUGAAAUGUUUCCAAGAUGCUUGGAGUUCUGUUUUCCACAGCACAUAUUCUGUUAGGAUUUUGUUGUUAUUCAAAUACAGAGAAGCGCCCUAAAUUAAUAAAAGAAACUCUAUAAUGUAAAAACAGCAGUUAAUAAACAUGUGACCAACAUCCCUUCUCUUAAAAUAGUAGCAUUUCCCCUUUUUAUCAAUGAGAUCUUUUCUUCUUUAGUGAAGUUUCUAGCAAUUAGUUCAUCACUUGUCUUGAAGGUAUAAAUAGCUUUUGCACACAUCAUAUGACAAAAAUUGUCUGUAAACAACACAGUGUAGCCGAAUAUUUUAUACCCUUGAGGGAUUUACCUCAUGUGCGAAUGCUCUUGAACCCAGAUUCAUAGUCUUCCAUUAGUGCUCUUUCAAGGCUUUUCUGCUCAACAUUUACAAAAAUACCCUGAAUGUAUUUUCAUUUCAAAACUGUUGAAUCCUUUCAUAAUACAAAGUAGAAAGAAUCUUUAUUUUAUACAUUCUGUUUGGAUUCUUUUACAUAGCAAAUUUCACACAAAAACCAGCUGUGGAUAUCUUUUAACAACUGAUACAAAGACUCAUGAGAUGUUUCAUAAAUAAUAAGAUCCUGCAGGAGUUUAAUGUAAUGUGGGCAUAAUACAGUGCUUGCACAGCAAUCCAGUGAGGUGGUUUGUAUUACCUCAGUCACACUCCUUGGGUGAAACUCUGGACUAUCUUUCUGAAGUUGGGACUGUUUAAAAAGUCGCACAAAGUUCCAGUGCAGAUUAGCUACUGAAAAUAGAAAUUGAAAGUACAAAACUGUUCAUGGAUUAUACAUUUGUGAAUUCUGGCCCAUAUGUCUUGUUACAAAUACAAAUGUAGAGUAGUUUUGUACUGGUUCAAGUGCUCUGUUGUGACUACUAGUCAAAAUUUUUUGGGUAUUGUAGCCUUGUGAAAAUCAUCUGAAUUAUCUUUUAGAAAUCCCUUUCACUCUUAAUAAUAAUAAUAAUAAUAAUAAUAAUUUUUAAUUUAUACCCCGCCCUCCCCAGCUCAGGGCGGCUAACAAGCAAUAAUAAAAACAAGUUGAAUGAAUACAACUAAAAACAAGAUUAAAAUACAUUAAAAUAUUGAAACAUUAAAACAUUAAAAUGCAGCCUCAUCACAGGAGGAGAAAGGAAAAAGAAAGAGGGGGAGGGAAUCAAAUUGGCUCCAAGCCAAAGGCCAGGCGGAACAACUCUGUCUUACAGGCCCUGCGGAAAGAAAUCAGAUCCUGCAGGGCCCUGGUCUCAUGAGACAGAGUGUUCCACCAGGCUGGAGCCAGUGUUGAAAAGGCCCUGGCUCUGGUUGAAGCUAAUCUAACUUUCUUAGGGCAUGGAACCACUAGGGUGUUGCUAUUUAUGGACCUUAAGGUCCUUUGUGGGGCAUACUGGGAGAGGUGGUCCCGUAGGUACGAGGGUCCUAAGCCGUGAAGGGCUUUAAUGGUUAAAACCAGCACUUUAAGUCUGACCCUGUACUCCACCGGGAGCCAGUGCAGCUGGAAAAGCACUGGGUGAAUAUGCUCCCAUGGCAGAGACCCCGUGAGGAGCCUCACUGCAGCAUUCUGCACCCGCUGGAGUUUGUGGGACAGCUUCAAGGGCAGCCCCGCAUAGAGCGAAUUACAGUAGUCAAGCCUGGAGGUGACCGUCGCAUGGAUCACUGUGGCCAGGUCAGGGUGGGAAAGGUACGGGACCAACUGCUUGAUGCGGCGAAGGUGGAAAAAUGUCGCCUUGGCUGUUGCUGUAACCUGCGCCUCCAUGGAAAGAGAGGCGUCAAGGAUUACACCCAAACUCUUAACGGAAGGCAAUGGCACUAAUUGGGCCCCUGCAAGAGGAGGGAGUUGGUCCCUCAUCCGCAUGCCAUCCCGACCCAGCCAUAGGACCUCUGUCUUCAAAGGAUUUAGUUUCAGUCGGCUCUCACGAAACCAUCCAGCCACAGCUUCCAAGCAUCUGGUCAGUGUGUCCAGGGCCGAGUCGGUGUGGCCAUCCAUCAGCAGAUAGAGCUGAGUGUCAUCAGCAUAUUGGUGACAGCCCAGCCCAAAGCUCCAGACAGUCUGGGCAAGGGGGCGCAUAAAGAUGUUAAAAAGCAUCAGGGAGAGGAUUGCGCCCUGCGGCACUCCACACACCAAGAAGUGGCGUGACGACAUCUCCCUCCCUAGCGCCACCCUCUGUCCCCAACCAGAGAUAAAAGAGCACAGCCAUUUACGGGCUAUACCUAGUAUCCCCAUGUCGGUGAGGCGGUGGUCCAGAAGAUCAUGAUCGACCAUGUCAAAGGCUGCUGACAAAUCUAAAAGAAUCAGCAGUCCUGACCCGCCUCGAUCCAGUUGUCUACGGAGAUCAUCUGUUAGGGCAACCAGAGCCAUCUCGGUCCCGAAACCAGGACGGAACCCGGACUGAAAUGGAUCUAAAGCCGAUGUUUCCUCCAGAAACCUACCAAGCUGUUCAGCAACCGCUCUUAUUAAUGGAACUGCAAUUUGCCAGAGCUCCUUAAAAGGAAACUGACGGUUUAAACCUGCCUACCUACGGGACCACCUCUCCUGGUAUGCCUUAAGGUCCACAUAUAACAACACUUUGGAGGUCCUGAGCCGCAAGGUGGUUAGAUUGGUCUCAACUAGGGCCAGGGCCUUUUCAGUAUUGGCCCCGAUUUGGUGGAACGCUUUGUCACAAGAGACCAGGGCCCUGUGGGACUUGACAUCUUUCCGCAAGGCCUGCAAGACAGAGCUGUUCCGCCUGGCCUUUGGUUUGGACUCAGUCUGACCCUUAUGCUUCCCUCCCCUUAUGGUUCUGAUCUAUGGGCUACUACUAAAAUGAGGCUACAUUUUAAAUUGUAUUUUAACCCGUAUUUAAAUUAACUAUUUUUUUCUCCCCCCCCCCGCCUAUUAUGUUUUAUUGUAAUUUUAUUGGUGUUAUCUGCCCUGAGCCCAGUUCUGGCUGGGGAGGGUGGGGUAUAAAUAAAAUUAUUAUUGUUGUUGUUGUUGUUAUUAUUAUUAUUAUUAUUAUUACCUGCCUUAAUCUGUAUGCAAACAUUCAGACAUUUUUGAACAUAAGUAUCCCUGGAUAAAGCAAGACCAAAUUAGUGUUUUAAGCUUCUCUCCAGUAACCAUUCUUUUGUUAAUCACUUGAAUGUUUGGAAAACUAGGAGUGAUAUACACAAGUCAUAUGUGAUAUGAAAACAUUCUCAGAAGGCGACUUGCCCUACCUUACUGCAAAUGCUUCUUUGCUGGCUCACUAUGAUAUAUUUCUGUUCAUUAAAACAAAAACCCUUCUUCUAGGGUGUAGUUGCCACAGCUGCUUUACCAGAGAGUGGUUCGUCCAUUGCCUUACGUGCCUUAGGAUGGGGUUCACUUUAUGCCUGGUGUGGAGUUGGACUGAUCAGUUUUGCCAUCUGGAAGGCUUUGGGAGUUCACAGUGUAAGUAGCAUUACUUUAUGAAUCAUUAUGCUUUUGAAAUUCCCGAAAGCUCAUACACUUUCUUAUGCUUGUUUAUAUUGCAUCAUGUGUGAGCCUGGUGCUUUAUAAUAACAUACUUUUUAAAAAAAGAAAAGAAAAGAAAAAGCCAGUCUCUUGUUCCUAGAAUCUUACAAUCUACUUUUUGUUAAAGAUCAGACAGAACAAAAUGGAGGGAACAGAAAGGCAAAGCUAAUAAAUGGAGAAAAGGGAAAAUAAAAGAGACAAGGAGAGCAAGGGGUGAACAUGCAACAUAAGAGCUGCAUACUCUUGAGACUUUGUUUUAUAAAUAUUACUGUAUUUUAUGUUUCAUAAUGCCGGAUAGGACCUGAAAAUACAAUUGACACAAAAUGCUUGGGCUCUCCCCCAUGAGUGGUGAUUUUGUCUUUCUUAAUAUCUCUCCUCCUCACCUCCCCUGGGCAUAAUAUAUAAGCUAUUGGGUACUAAAUCAGGAGCUGGCCUGAUACUGAUGCUGGCCUGUCAGCAUCACAGUUUUCCAUCAAUGAUGACAAAAAAGAAAAAUAAUUGGAAGACAUACAGGUGUUCUUAUUAAUCAACCCUGAAUAUCCUACAGCAACGGUGUCCAACUCCCAAGAGACUGCGAUCUACUCUCACUACAGUGGUACCUCUGGAUGCGAAUGGGAUCUGUUUCGGAGCCCUGUUCGCAUCCUGAAUAGAACGUAAGACGCGUCUGUGGGUAUGCGGGUCGCGUUUUGCCACUUCCGCGCAUGCGCGUGAUAUCAUUUUGAGUGUCUGCACAUGCACGAGGGGCGAAACCCAGAAGUAACAUGCUCCGUUACUUCCAGGUUGCUGCGGAGCAUAACUUGAAAACGCUCAACCUGAAGCACAUUUAACCCGAGGUAUGGCUGUAUAAAUAAACUGGCAGUGAUCUGCCCAUUGGAUUGACCAGCUUUUUUUAGGGGGAGAGACCAGAGUUGCUUUCUUGGUUUGCGUCGAUCUAUGUAGAUUACGUGAUCGGCAAGGAUUGGCCAGGGGCAGCCUGCGAUAGAUAGGUUAGACAGGCUUGUCCUACAAUUGAGGUUCAUGAACUGGAAGUAGAGUUUUCAUUUUCAUUUUACGAAUAAAACUUGAUGGAUGUCCUGGUAGAAGCAAGGAGGAGGUUAGGGAGUUUUUCAAGGAAUCAGGCCUCUCCUACUCCUUUUCAUACUGAAUUCUUCAGCGAUCCAGAUAGUCACUGGCCACAUAAAGAAAAUAUGAAUAAUUCUCUCAGCUCCUCCCUUUGCAUGAGACAGCAAUUGCGGAAGUCUUCAGUUAAAUAUAACUCAUCAAGUGGCUCACAUAAAGAAGUGAAAUUGCUGUGUGUUGUGGGUGCAAAUCUCAUUCACAACUCUGCUUAUUAAACCAAGGUAUGAUAGUCUGAACACAGCCACUGUGUCUUGUUGCCCUAUCUUGUUACAAACAGAAGAUUCACCAAAAGCUAUUAACAGAUAAUUAGCAGGUGGUCUUACCAUCAGAAGUCACUUUGAGUUCUUACUGAAAAUUUAAUACUUUUUUAUUACUUCAAUUACCAUGGUGAAAAAAGACAUUACUACGAUUUUUAAAAAAUCAGAUAUGAAAAGUAAGAGAAAAAGAUAUGCUUGAAGAGAUUUGCUAGAGUCAGACACUUACAUUCUGAUUUAUUUAACAGAAAUUGGCUGUGUCAAAGACACCACCAUUUGUGUUUUGUAUAGUGAACUCUAUGGGAUCAAUGGAGAAGAGGAAAGAGGUGAGAUUUGUACUCUGAACCAAAUAGCCGUUCCAGCUGCUCAGCCCCAUUCCCAUGCCUAGUGUGCUGCUAGGAAAGGACAAGAGCAGGAAAUGCUGCAAUAAUCCUUGUUCCAUAUGCAUGUCAUAUUUCUGCACGCAAGUCAAAUGUGGAUUCAAGAUUGAUAAUCUUUCAUAAGCUGCUUUCAAAGCUAUAAAGUAGGAUUUAAGUAAAUAAAUAAAUGCAUACAUUUUGUCGAACAGGCAGGUGCACUAGCUGCUCUGGCCUAAGCACUGAUUGAUAAUGUUACAUCCUUAGUGUUACUGCAGCCAUGUUCUCAUGAUCAAACCAUGAGUUAAUAAGGAUAUGUGUAUGCUUUGCAUACCAGCACUUCAUUCUUCCCUUGACACAAGUGAGGAAGCAAACCAAGAAGCCGCAGUCAAUCCAUAGUUUCCUGUAUUUUGUGAACCAUGGUUCAUGGAUCCCAAAGAAGCCAGACUUCAGUAGUCAGCUUUCAGUUUUGGCCAUCUGUUGGGACAGUAAGUGUGGUAACAGACACAAGAAAUCCCAGAAGCUGCUCUGCUUUUGAGAAGCUUAGGAACUAUUAGUUUAGGUAUUUUUGAUAACUACUUUGGCAUUUUUGUUUUAAGUGUCAUAUAAUUCUGUACAGUAAAUGAAAUACUCGGCUGAAAAAUGAUCCAUAAAAAUAUCAUCAGCAGAGAGACUGAAUACACUUAUCUCCAGAUGAAUCUGAUGACAUAUUCAUCUGUAAGUACAUCUUGCAAGGAGUCUUAUUGGGAACUUACGAAGUCUCUUGAGGGAAGGGUUAUGUGAAACAACACAUUGAACAUUUGUAAGUCACGUUGUCUGGGUAUAACUCCCAAGUUAUCUAUGCACUGCUGUAGAAAUAGCAGCUUGCAGUGCCUGAACUGAAGAGGCAAAGGAGGAUAAAUUAAUUCUAGCACAUUAACUAAAACAGGGGCUAUAGUUGUCUUGCACAACUUUGGGUCUGCAGGGUCAUAGUAAUAACACCAAGCAAUAUUGUGUUGCCAUUAAGUACCCUUUAAUACAUGCAAUCCUGAUUUUAGCAUGGGAAAUCUUUAGAAGGUGACACAGUAAAACAGAGAUUAAUGAGGAUUAAAAAUAAUGAUGUAGGAACGCAUCCCAGGAGAGUGCCCUCUAAAGAUGCAAUUGGAGAAGACUUCCUGGAAAGUCCUUUGUUGCUGCACAGCUACAUCUGGUGGCAGGAGAGGAAAUGGGCCAAGCUUUAAAAGUUCUUAAAAGGCCAUUUCUCACCACAAUCUUAGCUGUUCUUUUUCUGUUUGUAGUGUUAACCCUUGAUAGAUUAUUUUUCCUUGCUGACUUCCCUUUUAAAAGUAUUAAGUUAAUGGGAAUGCGCUUGCACUUCAAACACCCAUCUUCUAAACAGAUUAAGGAACUGACUACAAAUUAAUUUAUAUUAUGUGUAAUUUUUUAAAAGAAAACCUGCUUUGGGAGGAGGGAAUUUUAGAGUAGCAAAGCAGUGGGGAAUGGUAUUUCCUGUAUCAAGUUGUUGUUUAGUCGUGUCUGACUCUUCAUGACCUCAUGGACCAGAGCACGCCAGGCACUCCUGUCUUCCACUGCCUCCCGCAGUUUGGUCAAACUCAUACUGGUAGCUUCGAGAACACCUUCCAACCAUCUCGUCCUCUGUCGUCCCCUUCUCCUUGUGCCCUCCAUCUUUCCCAACAUCAGGGUCUUUUCCAGGGAGUCUUCUCUUCUCAUGAGGUGGCCAAAGUACUGGAGCCUCAGCUUCAGGAUCUGUCCUUCCAGUGAGCACUCAGGGCUGAUUUCCUUAAGAAUGGAUAGGUUUGAUCUUCUUGCAGUCCAUGGGACUCUCAAGAGUCUCCUCCAGCACCAUAAUUCAAAAGCAUCAAUUCUUCGGUAAUCAGCCUUCUUUAUGGUCUAGCUCUCACUUCCAUACAUCGCUACUGGGAAAACCAUGGCUUUAACUAAACAGACCUUUGUCGGCAAGGUGAUGUCUCUGCUUUUUAAGAUGCUGUCUAGGUUUGUCAUUGCUUUUCUCCCAAGAAGCAGGCGUCUUUUAAUUUCGUGACUGCUGUCACCAUCUGCAGUGAUCAUGGAGCCCAAGAAAGUGAAAUCUCUCACUGCCUCCAUUUCUUCCCCUUCUAUUUGCCAGGAGGUGAUGGGACAUGUGGCCAUGAUAUUCAUUUUUUUGAUGUUGAGCUUCAGACGAUAUUUUGCGCUCUCUUCUUUCACCCUCAUUAAAAGGUUCUUUAAUUCCUCCUCACUUUCUGCCAUCAAGGUGGUGUCAUCUGCAUAUCUGAGGUUGUUGAUAUUUCUUCCGGCAAUCUUAAUUCCGGCUUGGGAUUCAUCCAGUCCAGUCCUGUAUCAAGUAGCCCCCUCCAAACAACUCCCCCACCCCUGCUUGCUUCACCUAGUCCUAGGCCCAUCCUGGUUGAUUAAGGCUACCAGGCUUACCUGCUUUAAAAUGGCAAUAGUUCAUCUGUUGUUAGAAGAGACCAUAUCUGGAUCCCACUGUUCUUCUGUUAUCCUAUCAAUGUUAUAAUAACCAAUUUCACCCAGGAAUUUGUAUAACUUGCUCAAAAUCAGAACAUACUGAUUUCUUUCAUUAUGGCUUCCACCCCAGUUUUGGGACUGAAGCAGCCUUUGUCACUGCAGCUGAUGAUCCACAUGAGGAAAUAUACUGGGAGAGUUAAUUCUGCUGGUCUACUCAGUGCCUUCCAGUUCCAUUGACCUUCGUAUGGGCAGUUUUGCCAGGAUAAGGCAUAAGGCUGGGGGGGGGGGGAGAUAUUACUCAUCUUCCCUUUCAGAAGGUUCCCCACCCUGCUUUAGAUUAUGAUAAUGAUCUGGCUCUAUUGGUUUGGGUUUUUUAAGUCCUUGUGUAUUACAUUGUAUUUUAUUAUAUUUUCAAUGAUUGGUUUAUUGUUUUCCUUUCAAUGCUUUCUUUAGCUGAUUUGAAUGUCUCCUUCUGCUGUUUCUAAAGGAUGUUAGAAGUAAAUCGGAGAGGGAGCUGCACAGUUCAACUGAAAUUUCUCCAGGUUGCUCUGUGUGCAUCUAAACUUGUUAAAACCGUGGCAUGUGUGUACAGCAAACAUACGUUUCCAGCCAUGUGUAGCAGCCAAGUACAUGUGUUAAGGAACUGUGUUAAGGACUGGCUGUGGCAUUCACUGCAUGGACGCCUGCUUGCAAGGUUGCAUUCAUCACAGCAUAACGUAUGAGGUGGCAGUGUACCAAGUCUCUUGGAUCAUUUCUCUUAGUUCAUUCUCUUUUAGCCUCUCCAUGCCAGCACUGGUGUUUUUGCUGGCUUAGAAGGUAGGAAAAAUACAAGUAUUCCUGCCCUUCUUCCCCAUCCCUUGAUCUGGAUGUUAAAAAGACUUAUGAGUUCAACAUUCUGAAUAAAUGCUGCAUUGCUAGGAUCAAGAUUGUAUCUGCUGUUUAGAAAGGCUGGACUCUCUUCCUUGUGACACACUACCAAUUUGCCCUAUUUAAAAUAGGGGCUAUGGCUGGUAUAGCCCUUUGCUCUCCAGAAAUAUCCAUCUGAUAAUAAUGUAGACAGAGUCAUUAUGUUCCACAAAGAGAACAUUCAGGAGACGGGGGGGUGGGGUGCGCGCGCGCUCCCGUCUCACAAGAGUUCUUGUGUAUUGAGUCAGCAGAUGGGAGCAGAAGUCUUGUCCUCCCUGCCCCCCACGAACAAUUUUUGCCUAAUUGCAAGUAUCCUCACGAAUCAGUUAUUCUAAAGGAAAGCAUCUAAUGAUGACAACCUCUUUUCCAGCUUUAAUUUCAGUUCCCAUACAAUGAUAAUAGCUACAUUAUGUCAGCAGAGAAGCGAUUUGACAUAAAUAUGUAAUAGUUUUCCAGCAGUAAUAGCUGAAUUGUGGCAAUUUAUUUUUAGCCAGAGGUAAUAAGCAGUGUAUCUUUAUAUUUAAUUAAAGCUGCAAUUGCAACACUUUCCAGCCAUGGCAACAUAACUUUGUCUAUUUGCCACUCCCAGCUAAUGUUUUUGUUUAGAAAAGAGAAAAAAAAAAGAGGGAAGGAAAGAAAAAGAGAGGGGCGAAGUGUUCAGAAUUUGAAGUGAUCCAUGGCAAUUAACAAGCUAUAUCAUCUGAGAAAUAAAAGCCCUUUGUUCAGGGUGUCCGCCAUAAAUCAAUUUUCUAUCACUUCAGAAAGCAGAAACGAUUUUGUUUUUCAUAGCGAGGAUGAGUCAUAAAGGAUAUUUGUGCUCUAAAAAAAAUGAAUUGUAGUUAAUAUGUAUACAGCUGGUGGAUGUGAACCAAGAAAAAUACUGUGGGGAGGAAUUCUAUGACCUUAUAAUUUAUAAUUGUCUAAGUCUCUUUGCUCUGCACAUAUGUUAACCUUUAAAAAUGCUAAGAAUAAGCUGGCUUUGUGAGCUUUCAUCAUGUAUAAUUAAAAUGUAGACUAUUAAUUUAAUGUAUUUAUGUAUUCAAAAUGUUUAUGUCCUGCUCAACUUUGUAUUAAACUAAGCAAUUAGAGAAACAAACUCAAAAAUAUAAAAAGGAAUACACCAAGUAACUAUAAAGCCAGGUUAGAUGGCAACUCCCAUGGAGAAUAAAAAGAGCGCGUUAGCACCAUUUUUAAAGCUUGAUUCGCUUUGGAAAGACCUACUUGAUUCAUAGGGGAAGGGCCAUGUCUCAGCUGCAGAGCAUCUGUUUCGCCUGCAGAAGGUUCUUGGUUCAGUCCCCAGCAUCUUCUGGUAGGGCUGUGAGAGAGUUCCUGCUCUUUGGAGAGUCAGCAGAGAACACUGAACUAAGAUGGACAGCGGCCUGGCUCCAUAUAAGGCAGCUUCCUAGGAUAAAUGAGUUUUGGACCAAACUAGAUGGAACAGGGGCAUACUUCCCCUGAACUUGGAAGCUCCAUAUAGCCACCAUACUAUUGCAGCCGGUUAUCGUAAGAACUGCCCUUCAACUUUAGGAACUGGUAUCUGAGUUUCCUCCUCUUAACCUCCCCAUUCCUCCCCCAUAUUUUAUGUUCUGUCUUUUAGAUUGUAAGCUUGGCAGCAGGGACUGUGUUGUUUUAAUUGAUUGUAUAUCAGCUGCUCCUGGAGCCUUUUUGGCUGACGAGUGAGGUACAAAUCCUCUAAAAUAAAUAAUAAUAAAUCCUAACCCCAGCAGCCAUUGAUAGACCUUUUCCCCCAAUUAAUUUGUCAAAUCCUCUUUUAAUAAUCCUUGAAGUUUGCUGUUUUUAAGAACAGCUGUUCCCCCAGCCCACCUCCAAUAUCAGUUAGUGGCCCAAGCAGCAAAAAAAAAUAAAAAAAAAAUUGCUUAAAAGCAGUGGAGAGUAGUGAGGUUGGAUUGGGAUACUUCCCUGGCACUGCUGUUAAUGUUAAAAGAAAAAAGAACCCAACUACGCUUCAGAUGUGAAGGAAGCAGAAACGUGUACUGUAUAAAAUACACGUGGCUGACCCAUUAUGUCUAUUUUGGAGUUUUGAUGAAUAUUUGGAACAAUGCCCUGGCUAUUAAGAAAGCCUGUUUUCAUAAGGUUAACUCAGUAUUUCAGCAUACUCUGAUAGCUGGUGUGACAGUGAUCACAUAUGACAUUUGGGCGGAGAAAACAGUAUCUCCCUAUAACGCUUUCAUCAAACCCAGGGCUCCCAAAUUCAGCGGAGAGCUCCCCCUCUCAUCUUUAUGCAGUACAGAAAACAAAAGGCACAUAAUCUGUUUUCACUGCCAGUCAGGACUCUGAAAGGAGGUGAGGUUCUUUGAACUACAGAAGUAAAAUGUAAGCAGUUCUUUAGUGUCACAAACAUUAAAUGAAGGCAUGUCAUGCCAGUGCACCAGCAUUCACACUGCUUUCCUAUUACUUUUCAGACACAAUUCAAAGUGCUAGGUUGUUUUUUAAUCUAUAAAGUCCCAGGUAGCCUGGGCCAGCCAAUACCAUGGAGACUGCCUUUUCCUCUGCAUUUUAAGAUCUGCUGAAGGCAUCUUCUCCCCCCCCCCCAACUUUAUUUUUCAGUUUCCCCAAAUGCAUAUAACAAACAAUCCCUAUGUACCACCACCAGAAACAUUCCAUGCAUAUGCAAUGAUUUAGAAGGUUUGCAUAAUAGUUUAGAGUAGAUUGCAUCAGCUAGGCAUCUUCUACUCUCCGUGUUAACAGAUUGUCUCAGAUUGAGCCAUGGGUAGCUGGUGGCAAGGAGACAGCAUUGCCCAUUCCAGUGUAUUGGAUGAACAUGUAUCAUGCGCUUACAAAAUUGUCUUUGGUCUUUGUCUUCCUUGUAUCCUUUGUGUCUUCCUAACCAUAUCAUAAAUAAUAAUAAUAAUAAUAAUAAUAAUAAUAAUAAAUAAUAAUAAUAAUAAUAAAUAAAUAAAUAAAUAAUAUUUAUACCCCGCCCAUCUGGCUGGGUUUCCCCAGCCACUCUGGGCGGCUUCCAACAAAAUAUUAAAAUACAGUAGUCCAUGUGCCAAGUUGAAACAGCCAAGGGACAUAGACACACAUUGUGAGUGGCUGCCCUGCAGUUGGGGAACACUGCUCAGCUAGAGCUGGGGGAGGGAACCUGUGGCCCUUCAAAUAUUGUUGGACUUCAAGAAGCUACCCAAGGCCUGUUUUUGUGUUUUCCAUACAGUAGUAGUCCCUCUUUCUCCAUUGGCCAUGCUGGCAGGGGCUGAUGGGAGUUGAGGUUCAGCAGCCUCUGGAGUUCCCAACCCCUGUCCUAAAGGUUACUCUAUGUCUGGGCCUGACAUUUCCCACAAGAACAGUAGUAAAGCUUCCUCUUUAGGGUCUUACAUUUGGGUUCAGCAGAUGUAAGGUUUUCUCCGCUUCUUUUUUCUUCUUUAUUUUCUUUCAGUUUUUAUGUUUAAAAAUGCUUGUUUCUAUGUACUGUUUCUUCUUUGUUCUUUCAAGUUUUAAUAAAAAUUCAAGGGGAAGAAAUAAAAUUAGUUUUAAUGGAUAUUUUGUUUUAUCUUGGGGUUGCUGUGUUUUAAAGCAACAACAACCCUGUUAUCUUCUCCGAACUCUAGAUAAAUGGAAACUGAAUUAACUGAAUAAAUAAAAAUCAAGUUAAAGAGUAAUGAACUUACUGAGAUCUGAAAGAGUACACAAAAUAGUGAGGAUUUUCUUUGGGGAUGGUGGGGUCGUUUAUAGUCUAUAGACGAGCCUCUUUCUCUCCCCUCUCCCAAUUCAGAUUGGUUUGAACAGAUGCCCAAGUACUUUGCAGUAGCGCAGUCUUGUUUUUUCAUGUGAAAACUUGACUGUGGUAAACAUUUUAAAAUGCAACAUGAAAUGAUAGGUGCUUUCAGAGUGCUUUUUGUUAUUUUUUCCUGCUGAUGCAGGAUCAUUAGCUAUGAUUAGAAAAAUACUGUGAUCAUCUGACUUUUAUGGAUUAUUUGCCAUGACAGGAGUGGAUGGUAUCUGUUUUAGGUGAAAAGACUGACAGUCUGAAGUGCAAUGGUUGCUAUUUGUGCAUUAUCACCAAGGAUAAUCUGCAUCCCCCGCUUUCAGGCAGUGUGAAGAAAAUAAAAGUUCUGCUAGGUAAAAUUAGUUUCAGAAAGUUGCCAUCAGAAAUCAUAUGUGCCAAGAUGUUAAGUCAAGUGUGAUGGCUUGUUCUGGAUAGGGCUACACUCACCCAAAAGGAAGAGGUCCAUAGCUUGGGUGUUCUCCUGAUUUCAACAGUACCACUGAGGCUAAGGUAGCAUUGGUGGCUAGGAGUGCCUAUUUCCAGCUACCACUCACUCUUCUUGGACAGAGAUGACUUGGCUGCUAUACUUCAUGCUCUGGUAGCCCCAAGAUUGGACUACUGUAGCAGUCCAUCUGCAUUGACAUUUAUCAGUGUGAGAAUCUCAAGAGCAGAGUAUGCAUGCUUAGGAUUUUCUCCUUCUAAGGAAGAAAGGUUUUUAAAAAUUUGAUUAAGCCAAAGUUGCAGUGUGUCCCUAACUUUGAUGUGGGUUAUGUUAUGUUAAAUGUAUUUCUCCACUCUUCUCUUGUAGAUGGAUGAAUUUCGGAACAAAAUGCAAUCAAUAUUUCCAUCAAUUCCCAAAAAUGCAGCACUGCCUGUUGAAUGGGAGGACAUUCUGAAAUCCAAAUGAGCAGCACAUGAAGGAACUCUGACUGAAUUUUUAAAAAGCAUAAGAGAAGUAGAGUGUAUGGAGGAAAUGUCCAUUCCAAGGAAUAGGGAGAAAGAAGGUCGUCACUCAAAGUCAAAUGUAUAGAACACAGUGAGCCAUACGUUUGUGCAGCAAGAGUAAAAUGUGCUGUUUGAUCACAGUUGUUAACUUGGAUGAUGGUUACAGGUAUAAUAAAUGUAAAUAAAGAUCAAAAUAUGGAUAAGAAUUUGUCUGAAGCAGUGAUCUCAAUGUGUUUUGAAUACAGAGGUUGCCACUGUUUACUGACAAAAGGCUGUUGCUACCAGACAAGCAGAUGGAUAACAGUACAGGCUUGCUUUUCUGUCUCAUACAGUGAAGUUCUAAAGGGUUAAAAAGGGCAAUCACAAUCAGUGGAAUGCACUAAAAUAGUUGUUAGUCCCCGUCUGCUGGAUUAGCGCUAGCUAAAACUCCUCCACUGAAAACAAAGAUGUAAUAUUAUGCUUCUGCCUGGCACAGCUUAUUUCUGUUUUUAGUCAGUGGGUGACCAAGAGCCAAAGGAAAAGAACGAACAAGGUCUUGUAGAUCUUUGACGUGCUCUAAGACAGGGAUGGAGGACUUGUGUUCUUUCAGAUGUCCCGUACUACAAUUCCUUUCAUCUUUUACUGUUAGCCAGGCUGGCUGGAGCUGGUGGGAGCAACAUCUAGAGGGCCACAUGUUACUCAUCUCUGCUUUAAGGUCUUUGGAGCACAAUUCAGGGGAUGGGACGGAGGGUGGGCAAAAGACUGUUUUCACAAUUCCGUGGAAGAAACAGAACUGGCCUCUGUCAGAAAUGGUAUACCAAGCCCAUUUGUCUUCUCAUACCCAGGAAGGCUAUAUCCUACGUCCUUGUUUUAUUAGAGGAAAGGAUCUAACUCAGCAUUUCUGAGAAAUACAGUAGAGGUAUGCGCUUGUCCCCCAGUGGAACCUGGGUCCGUUUUCACUUUGAUGCAUCUAUUUAAGAGUCCCAAGUAGGUAUAUGAAGGAAGUUCAGUCAAUAAAGAUGGAUGACUCAACACCAUGGGAGUUUGAAAGCUGUGGUUCUAAAAAUACUGUUUCAAAUUUAUGCCAUUGAGAUACUGCCAUCUGGCCAAACACAUUAUUUUAGCAGUUAAUGAUUAAUUUGAUGAAAGGGUAAGGUUUUUGUUUUGCUUCUGUAAUGUUCUCCUCGCUGUUAAAUUAGGACGGGUGCAUUUAAAAGCAAACCUUCCCUUUUUUGUAGCGCAUCAUCUGUACUUUGCAUUCUGAAUGUUCUUGGUUAUGAAAGAAUAGGAAUGAUAAACUUCAACGUUGCCUGCCUUACUGUAAUUAUCUUGUACAGAGAAUCAUAUUUAUCUCGAACCUACUCUGAAGUAAGUUCAGUUGAGCUGAGUUUGACACACUCCUAAGUGUAUAGGAUAGGAGCCUAAAAGUUGUAAGUAUCCUGUUAACCAGGAAUACAUUUUUUUAGAGACUUAACAAAGAACACACUUCAUAUUAUAAGUGGUAAAUAUCAUUUUGAGCACUUGAAACUUAAGGCAACUGUUGGUCAUAGUCAUGUCCAGAUAAAAAUAUUACAAAACAUCUUUAUAUUGGAGGCUUUUAAAUUCCUGAAACUAUGAACUUUAGUGCACAAAAGGGCUUCUGUGUAUUAAACAGAGGAAAAUACACACCAAAAGAAUGAUGUUUACACUGAUUUUCCAUGCAUGCAAAACCCAAAUCAUUUUCUUGGUCCAUUAUCAUUACCAUGUGGGUUUUAAAAAAAUAAAUAGAGGUCAAUUCAUUAAAAUGUAAGUGGGCCAUUUGUUCACAUUCCCCCUGAUGCGUUCCACAUAUAGCCAGAGAUCAAGAAAGGUCAUAGAAAUAAGUAAUUCAAGCUCCCACAGCUACCUAACAUAAAGCCACAAAAAUAUAAUGGGAAGGAGCACAUGGUUCCUAGGUUCAGGCCAUGGCAUCUGCAGUGUAAUAGAUGUUGGACAGCAAGACAGAGAAACAUCUGCUGGGGGGAGGACUUUAGACAGUUUUAUAUUUCUUUUCUUUAUACAUUGUGGCCACUGGACUUGAAGGGCAAUGGCUACAGGGAAGCUGUAGAGACACUUCUUCACUCUUCCCCCUCACACAGUUUUUCCAGUGAAAAUCACCCCCUAAGUUGUUUUCAUUCCCACAAAUGAAAAUAUGCAAGUAUGUUUGUUUAUUUUACUUCACUGGAGGCAAAAACUGCUGGGUGUGUCCUUCCCCCACUUUUUACCAGUAGGAAAAAUGGCAUGGAGUUAAGAAGGGCCACUCCUCCUGUCCUAGACUUCCACUUCUGAUUGCAGCUUCAGUGGCUACAUUCGGGUUUUCAGAACAAAACAGAACACACCCAUCCUGAGACCCAGAGAGCUGGUGCUAGAGGAGUCGUUACUUAGCUAAAGAGACCAAUGAUUAAGGCAGUUUAAAAACAUUCAGUAGAAGGUGGACCACAAAUUUUAACAAACAUAAAAGGAAGGACACUCCUACUAUAGAUGCAACAACUUGUCCUAGUCCUUUUUUUGUGUUUUCUUUAGUACAGAGGUAGCCAACAUUGUGCCCUCCAGAAGUUGCUGGACUCCAUCUCCCAUCAUCCCUCACCAUUCACCAUUCUGGCUGGGCCUAUGGGAGUUAAGAGUCCAGAAACACCUGGAGGGCAUCAUAUUCGCUGCAGCUGCUCUACGACAUGAAAAGAGAGCCAUUACUUCCAGAGUGCUAGGGUUUUCUAGGCCGGGAUGAAAGAAGGCCUGAAGCAAGAUGCCUCUAACCUAUGCAUUCAUAUGCAUACCUUCCCCUCUUGCUAUGCAUUUUGAACCAUUUUUGUUGUUGUUGGAAAACUGCAUUGCAAGAUUCAGAGAAGUGCAAAGUUUGACUAAUGGCUGCAUUUUGGUUUAUGUAUUGUUUCGGGAAGAGUGAAUUAAGUUAAGAUUUGUCAACAGGACUAUUGCUGCUGCAUCACCAUCAUGUUGUUGUUACUGUUACUGUUAUUGUUGUUGUAUACCCCACCCAUUUGGCUGGGUUCCCCUAGCUACUCUGGGCAGUUUCCAGCACAUAUAAAAACAUAAUAAAACAUCAAACGUUAAAAACUUUCCUAAGUGAAAUCUCUUUGCUGUAAAAUUCUAAGAAAGCAGUAAUUCGCUCUAGAAUAUUUGAUUGCACUAGUUAGAAAAGUGUUUUUCUUUUCACAGAGUUAUUUUUGGAUCUUGUUAAAUGCAAACAUAUUUUAACCAUUUUAAAGCAUCCCAAAUAAUCAC